AUGGACAGCUUUGUGCAGCGUGUACAUGACAUAGCCAUCGGUGGCAGAUAUCACUUGGUGCGAAAACUAGGAUCUGGUACUUUUGGCCAUGUAUAUCUAGGUCUUGAUAGCGAGACCGGCAACGAAGUCGCCAUGAAAUUUGAACAUCACAGUGUUGCACCGUCUCUACUGGAAGAAGAAGCGCGAAUCUAUCGAUCUCUACAGAAAUCUGGCUUUCCUCGGGUGCACUGGUUCGGACAACAACAUGACUUUAUGGUUUUGGUUUUUGAGCUACUCGGUCCGAACUUGGAAGACUUGUUCCGAUAUUGUGGUGACCAGUUCUCGCUGAAGACGACGCUGAUGCUCGCCAAUCAAUUGCUUUCUCGUUUCGAGAGUCUUCAUUCGAACAAUUAUCUCCAUCGGGAUGUCAAGCCUGAAAACUUCCUUCUGGGUACGGGUGAACGAGGCAAUAUUGUCUACAUGACCGAUUUAGGCCUUGCGACCUAUCGAGAUCCCGACCGGUGGAGGGCGAGCAGCCCUCCUCGUCGUGUUGGUGUGCCCGCACGUCCUCCUCAAUUAGUAGGCACAUGCAGAUAUGCGAGCAUCAACGGACAUUUGGGCGUCGCACAAUCUCGGCGGGAUGACUUGGAGGCACUAGGCUACAUGCUGGUGUACUUCCUGCGUGGGAAUCUCCCUUGGCAAGGUCUCAAGGCGAAGCGAGAUGCCAAACACCUACUGGUUCUGGAAAUGAAGCAGGCGACCAGUGCGAGCGAACUCUGUGCAGGGCUACCGACUGAGUUCGAGGACUACAUGAAUUACGUGAACAAAUUGCGCUACGAGGAUCGACCCGACUAUCAGCACCUCCGAAGGAUGUUCAGCAAGCUUUUCCGCCAACAAGGGUUCGACUACGACAACGUCUUUGACUGGACGGUCCGAGAAUUCCUGAGAUUGGAGCCUGACCCCCAAGACCGCUCGCGUGGAAAACAUAUGGACGAACAACGGGGCGAAGAUGCUACGAAGCCAUUAGGUAGCGCGGCACGAAAGAAGACUAGGGCCGCCCGUCGAAAGAGGACGUGAUAUCAUCAAACAUGGAUAUGGCAGGACCAAAAGACAUGCCAAUGAUGACUACCACGCCUCCCGUUUGCGUCUAACAGUUGUUGGCCAGAUCCCAGGGUCGGUGCCUUUUGUGCAACUCCAGGCUGGCUGCUAUCGACCAUCGAGAACCAGUCAUUUUGCGGCAACAAU